AUGUCAACAAGUCCUUCCUUUAUUCAUCAUCAUCACCCAUUACAUCAUUUGUUUUCGCCAACUACUCUCAAGCAUGAUCUCUCUUACGUCGACAAGACUUACUAUCCAUCCACCAACAACAACAGCAACAACAACAGCACUCACCCCGCAUCAUCCAUAAGUCACCAUAACAACAACAACGGCAACAGCAGCAACAGCAGUAAUGAUGAUGAUUCAAAGAUCAUGAUGACCAAUGAAAAGACACAGCUCUCGAUUACUCGAAUGCAUGACUUGGUAUUUAAUCGUGCUCUUGGUAUGAUAAGUACGGUUUCUCGACUUGAUUUGCAAAAUGUGGGGUUAUUCUCGCUUCCCGAACAAAUUGCGACCCUGAGCAGAUUGACGGUACUUGAUCUUUCACACAAUUGCCUCGAGACACUUCCAACAGCACUCAAGCAUCUCAAACAUCUUCGUCAACUUAAUGUCGCUCAUAAUCGAUUGCAUCAUACGCCCGAUAUCCUCGCCAAUCUCCACAAGUUGACAUGGUUGGACCUUUCUCACAACUCCGUUCGAGACUUGACAUCAGAUCUAUCACGCUUAGAACGCUUGACAUGGUUGGAUUUAUCGCAUUGUACCCGUCUCGAUGCCAUCCCUGCCGAAUUGUUAAGUUUGCCUCAUGUCACCAUCAAAACGGAAGGCUGCUCAAGGAUGCAACGACGUAUAAGCAAAUUUCAGCAUUCUCUGGCACACAAUCCUCCAAGUCUAGUGGAAAUAUGUGCUCGACAUGUCAAGAAACAGCAACAACAGCAACAACAGCAUCCAACGCUGGUGACAAAUCGAGGCAACAAAUCACGCUUACAAUUGCUAUUACGACUACGUCAACGAUUAUCAUCCAGUAGCAGACGACAUGUCAAAUUAGGGAAAUCAAAAGGGGAAAUGGAACAGCAACAACAACAAGAGCCAUCACAGGAUUAUUCAAUGAUGCCUGCUCAUUUAUCACAAUAUCUAAGCCGAGACAAGGCGUGCUUUUACUGUGGAGGACCCUACUUUGACAGCCCUGUUAUUCGAUAUCGCAUCAUUCUUCAUCAAGAUGGAAACUAUAUCCCCGUUAAAUACAAUCUAUGUGCAGCCCAUUGGAGUAGCGAUACGGAUCGUGUAUUGGCCCUAUUUUCACAUCCAUCCUUGUAA